GCCUACGGGCUCAUGAGUGCAGGUUGUCGACGAAUGAUUUACUGUCGUUCGUUGCGGUCCGUGUUUGUCCAGCGCGCCGGCCGACACACGACUGUGUUGAUGAUACAAAAAAUUAUUGCUUCUAAACAAAAUAAUGGCGGGAUGCACAACGGUACAACAUGUGGUUGUUGACUAACUAAACGAUAGCUGGCCGACGACGUCGACAAUGCUUGCAUUAUUCAGCCUCCCGACUCUGUUGGUCGUGUACUGCACCAUUAUCCGCUGGGCGCACGGAUUCAAUUUGGAAGUGAGAUUACCAAUUGUCAAGCAUGGUCAUUUCGGAUCGUACUUUGGAUAUUCGGUGGCGGGCCAUCAAUCGUUCGACGAUCUCAAAGGACAAGUCGAAAAUAGUUGGAUUUUAGUCGGUGCGCCUCUGGAUCAAAAUUUACAACCAAAAACUAACCAGUCUGGAGCAUUGUGGAAAUGCCCGCUGACAACAUUACAUGAAGACUGUGAACAAGUAGUAACUGAUGGAAAACGAAACCUCAAUGGACACCAUGACCCCUCUAUCGAUUCCAAAAAUUUGGCGCCACCUUUGGCCGAAGAAAUUAAAGACGGACAAUGGUUAGGAGUGACGGUGCGAAGUCAAGGCAGCGGCGGAAAAGUCAUGGUUUGUGCUCAUCGAUACAUCACACGUGGUCCUGGUUAUCAAUGGGGACAAGGGCUUUGUUACACACUAACACAAAAUUUAGAUUUUGAUAAUUGUUGGGAGCCGUGCAAGGGUCGAUCAACAAGCAUUGGUCACGAGCAAUUCGGGGUUUGCCAAGCUGGUACUAGUGGCAUACUAUUGGAAGAUGACACCAUAGUUAUUGGUUCGCCUGGAGCGACCUUAUGGAGGGGUACAAUGUUUAUGGUCAGUAUAUCAGACGACUUUCUGCACAGGGACAAAACAUAUUAUUACAGUCCUCUUUCUGAACCCGUUGAUAAAGACAGUUACUUAGGUAUGUCUGUGACUGCUGGGUUUUUCUUGGGUCAACAAAAAAUGGUGUAUGCCGCUGGAGCACCUCGUGCUAACGGAACAGGCCAGGUUGUUUUGUUUACCCGAUCAAGACCAUCUGUAGGUCUAAUGGAUGUAAAAUUAGUAAUUAGCGGUGAACAAUUUGCUUCUAGUUUUGGUUAUGAAUUGGCAACUGCUGAUCUUAAUGGGGACAAAGAGCCAGAUUUAAUUGUUGGUGCACCAUUUUACUUUAAUAAAGAUUGCGGUGGUGCCAUUUAUAUCUACAUGAAUAAUGAAAACCAUUGUUUGAACUGCAAACCACCCAUAAAGCUUGUUGGAAAACCAGAAUCGAGAUUUGGGUUCGCUGUAGCUAAUUUGGGUGACUUGAAUAAAGAUGGUUAUGAUGAUAUUGCUGUUGGUGCGCCCUACGAAGGAAAUGGUGUAGUUUAUAUUUACUUGGGAUCUGCUCUAGGUAUAGUCGAAGAACCUUCGCAGGUGAUUAGAGCAGAAAACUUGGAGGUGAACGAUCUCAAAACAUUUGGUUAUUCGUUGGGCACAAACAGUAUAGAUUUAGAUCAAAAUGGCUAUCCUGAUUUAAUAGCCGGUGCUUAUGAAAGUGAUAUGGCAGUAUUAAUUAGAGCUCGGCCAAUAGUAGACAUAACAACGAGUAUUGGACCAUCAGAAAAUCUUAAGAAUAUAGAUCCAACAAAAUCUGGAUGUUUUGCAAACAAUACAUCAUCAUUUACUUGUUUUACAUUUGAAGCGUGUUGUUCAUUGGAAUCCGUUGUUAAGACAGGCUCUGGCGGUGAAUGGGGUGCUCAAUUGCAUUAUAAAUUAGAAGCAGAAACUUUUCAGGAAGGUCGAAAGUUUUCGAGAGUUUGGUUUGGACCAGAGGAAACGUUAAGACCGCAUAAGAUAGAAAAUAACGUCAACUUAGACCACAACAAAAAGAAAUCUUGUCAACAACACACUGUAUAUCUAAAGGAAAAGACUAUAGAUAUUCAGUCUCCCAUUGCAUUACGCAUUACUUAUUUAUUAGUGCAAAACAACCCUCCAAUGCAAAACCCUGGUGAUCCAGUACCUUCGUUAGCCGAUUUACCUGUUUUAAAUCAAAAUCAAGCAGAGAAAAUAUUUUUUGCAACAUUCCAUAAAGACUGUGGAAAGAACGACAGAUGUGAAAGUCAACUACACGUAGAUGCUCAAUUAGUGCUGCCGCUAACUCCCACAAUUAACGAGUAUGACUUGGUAAUGGGACAGCACCAAGAAGUGCUUCUGAAUACAACGGUUUACAACAUUGGCGAAUCUGCUUAUGAAUGUAGAUUGUUUGUUUCUCAUCCAUAUUCAUUCAAUUACAUUGGUCCAGUUAAGAUGGAUGAUACAAAACAAGUCGAUUGCAAUCCUUUUAAUAAAACUUUGGUGGUCUGUGCUUUGGGCAAUCCAUUUAAGAAAUCUUCUACGUCUAACAUUCAAUUACGUUUUGAUUCUAAAGAAUUGGAUGAUGCUGUAAAUCGUUUAGAGUUUGUAGUAUUUUCCAAUUCUACGUCUCAUGAAGAAGAUCCGCAGAGCCCUUUAAUUCUUUAUGCUAAUGUUAUUAAAAGAGCUGAACUUUCCUUGAAAGGGUUAGCGCGACCUGAACAAGUGUUCUAUGGCGGCCAAAUCAAAGACGAUCUCACUGUAAAGUAUCUCGAUGAAGUAGGAUCCAGAGUACUUCAUACUUACCAAGUGUUUAACUCUGGUCCAUGGAAGGUAUCUAACCUAGAAGUUCAUGUCGAUUGGCCAUACCAGGUAGCCGGUCAUUUUACUCCAAAAAAAUGGUUGUUGUAUCUUGACGAAAAACCUUACGUUGAAACCUUGGGCGGUGGAGAGUGUUUCUUAGCUCAAGAUCAGGUUAAUCCACUCAACCUGAUUGUACGUCCAGGAGUACAAGAGAUGCCUUUUGAAAACAUGCAUAAAGAAAAUCCUGGCCUAUAUGAUUUUUUGAAUUCAAAAACGACGAAUUAUGAAAUGAAAAAUAGCACAGGAUUUUAUCAAAAUAGAAUACGCAGAGAUCUAAAUUAUUUUGUAGGCGCCGAGACUUACACCAAAGAAAAUGGAAAACAUCAAGAAAUUGUUAAAAUGAAUUGUUUAAUUGGAAAUGCCAAGUGCUUCAAAUUCCGAUGUGUAUUGUAUAAUUUACAAAAAAAUCAAGAAGCCACUAUUUUUAUCAAAGCGAGAUUAUGGAAUGCGACGUUAUUGCGAGAUUUCUCUAAGGUCCAUUCAGUUCAAAUUGUGUCUCGAGCCAAAAUUCAUGUACCCACUGAAUUUCUGUUACAGAAUAAUCAUUUAGAUGAUGAAGCUGAGGUGGAGACUACUGCCAAAGUGGAUUUGUUGGAACAACAAAGCGAACCUAUACCGUUAUGGAUUAUUAUCCUAGCAAUACUGGCAGGACUAUUGUUGUUUAUUUUAUUAACAUUACUCCUAUGGAAAUUAGGUUUCUUCAAAAGACGACGACCUGACCCCACGCUAAGUGGUAACAUUGAAAAACACAGGGUAGAUGAUAGUUACUAUGAUUAUUAAAUCUUAAAUUACGAGUUACUUAUAAAAAAAAGAAACAUUUUUGUUAUACUAUGUAAUUUAUUAUUUAUUAUUACAAGCAAACUUAAAUAUAAAUAUUUUUAUAAAUUAUUGCAUUUUUUUUACAAUGUAUUUCUAAAAGACUUAUAAAAAAAUUGUAGACUUAAGGCUAAUAUUAUGACGGUACUUAUAGAUUAAUUUUUUGUAAAAGUGUAUUUAUAGUAUUUAACAUUUUUCUUUUCUUUUUUCUUUGUACAUUAUUGCCAUAUUAUAAAUUUAAAAGACUUUAUUUAAUUUUAUUGUAUUUCAUGUAUUUAUAGUAGAUUUAAUAUUUACGUCUUCCUAUACAAGCUUUUCGAUGCGAAUAACCAACUUA